CAAUGGGAGAAGAAGAAUCAGAUCUGAAAUCGCGACUAGUCACAGAGAUUUGCAGCAUCCCGACGCUCGCCAAAGGCUGCUCUCAUUUUCACGGCGGCGGGGACCGCGAAACAACAACUCCUUUCAUCGACUGGUACCUUGUUCUUCGAGUUGACGAAGAUGCAGGCUUGGAUGUCAUCAGAAAGCAAUAUCACAAACUCGCUUUGCAGCUUCAUCCUGAUAAGAACAAGCACCCCAUGGCUGAAACUGCCUUCAAGCUUGUCUCAGAGGCCUAUGGAUGCCUUUCUGAUGGUGGAAGAAGGAUAGAGUUCAACGUGGAGAGACGGAACAGCCGCUGCAUUGACUGCAAGGGAAUCCGGCGCCGUCCAGCUGCCAUGAUCGGAGGGACAAUGCCAAUGGGGAGAUCGACGUCUCGGAAGAUGAUCCGAGCUGGGUUCAGGGAUCUGAGAGCCAGAUUUGCAGAAGAGGUGAGGGUCAUUGAGAAUUGCUUGGCGUCGGGAAGAGGUUCUUCCGUUUUCAGUCCGCCGGCCAAAGAGCAGCCGGUCUUCAACCCCUCCGAUUACCAGUUCUAUGGCUACCCUCACCGGAGGACUGGCGGAAAAGCAUGAAACUGAAACAACGGUUCUCUUUUCGUUGAAAGAAAAGCUAAGUUUCAGCUAAUUAGAAAUUGGAUUGAUUGAUUUGAUCGUUAAAGAAGGUGAAGACAAAUGAUUAAUUCAUCAUUGUUUUGGAAAAGUAGGAUUUAACUUUGGACCCACAGUUCACACUUUCCUUUGCAGCUUUGUUGUUCCACUUCCACUGUUCCAAAGGGUGUAUGGAGGCUCUUCGUGGGCCGGGCUUGGACCAGGAGCAGCCCAUCUAUCAUGGACCAAAAUUAGAAAGUUCCCUCUCUGUCCAAGCCCAAGGUGCAGGCUGAUGUCAAG